AUGUUACCAAAUGGUGAAAAAGUUGAGCGUUCAUGGCUAUUGUACAGCGAUAAAACUAAAUGUGUCUAUUGCUUUCCAUGUAUGCUUUUCGCAAACAAAACAAUGACUUCUCCAUCAAUAAUAGAUCCACAACAAGGAUUUAAUAAUUGGAAAAAGUUAAAUCCUAAAAUACCUGACCAUGAGAAUAGUAAUGAACACCGUACAAAUAUGUUUAAAUGGGCCGAUUUCAAAAGUAAUUUAAAUAAAAAUAAUACGAUUGACUGUGCACUGCAAUUAGAAAUUAAUAAUGAAAAGGAAAAAUGGAAACAUAUUUUGAAAGUUGUGAUUGACUGUGUUAGAUUUUGUUGCGUAAACAAUUUAGCUUUGAGAGGAUCUAAUUGUGAUAUAGGAAAACCUGGCUGUGGAAUAUUCUUAAAUUUAAUUGGUCUAAUUAGCAAAUAUGAUUCUGUUUUAUCAACUCACUUAAAACAUAAGGGGAAAAUCACAUAUUUAUCAAAUAAAAUCCAAAAUGAAUUUAUAAAUUUACUCGGUUCAAAAGUACGAAAUGAAAUCAUUCAGAGGAUAAAAAAUUCAAAAUACUUUUCUAUUAUUUUUGAUUCCACCCCGGAUGUUUCUCGUGAAGAUCAACUCUGUGAAAUUAUAAGAUAUUUUAGAGAAGUUAAUAACGAGUUUGUCAUUGAAGAAAGUUUCGUAGAUUUUAUUUAUACCAAUGAAAAGACUGGACUUGGAAUAGCUUCUGAUGUAUUACAAAAGUUGGAGAAAGAUGGACUUAGUUUUAAGAAUUGUCGUGGACAGGACUAUGAUAACGGCGCAAACAUGGCGGGAAAAUAUCAAGGUGUACAAGCUCGAUUAAAAGAGAUUAAUGAACAUGCUCAGUUUGUCCCUUGUGCUGCACACAGCCUUAAUUUAAUCGGCGUACAUGCUGCUAGUGUAUCAGUAAAAAUGUUUUCGUUUUUCGGUAUUGUACAAAAUAUAUUUAACUAUUUUUCUGGAUCAACAAGUCGCUGA